GUGAGGUUUAUUUGGGUUCAGCACAGACACCUGGCUGCUCUGUCUACAAUGACUUCAGUAGGGGGCAGCAGGGAGCAGCGGGUGCUGCUGGACGCUAUAAACUUACUGGACAGAGCCAAAUGUGAACUUACAGCCGUACAGCCGGCGGCAGCAGCAGCCUUUCCUCUCUCUCUGCUGCUUGCGUUGUGUGUCUCUUCCAUUCCCAUCUUCACUACAUCCAUUACCCAAUAUUCUGUCUAAUCUGUCCCCUUUCUCUGCCACUGAGGUCUACUCUAUAUACUUUCUAUGCAGUUACUCACUAGUCUCUCCUCCUGACUUAAGACUUUCCAGGGUGCAGGAAUGGCUGAUGCUCCGGGGUCACCCAGUGUCCCAGCUGACAUCCUCCUGUGUGACACCUUCUCCCAGGUGCCCGGGAAUGGCACUGUCCUCUCCCUGCUCCUGACGAGGAGGGAGCUGAUAAUGCAGAGCCUGAGCCUGGCCUCCCCGGAGUGCCCCCCUACAGCCUUCAGCUUACCCGACUGCGUCAGCUGCCGUGCCUUUAUGGGCAAAGACCCCAAGGACAUAGGAGGGUAUCUCACCGUUACAUUCUACCCUCUCCGGGGCAUGUUAGGUGCCGCCACCUGCCGGCAGCGCAUCUCCAGGACCUUCCGCACGGAGGCUUCCAGGGACCGGGAACAGAACCUGAAACUCGCCAAGAGCUGGGCGCAGAGACUAUGGCAGCUGGUCGAGGAGCUCCAAGGACAACCACGUCCCUGGUCCUCCCCUGUGCGAUUUCUUGUGCUGCUGAAUCCUUGCGGGGGUACAGGGAAAGCGCUGACUCUCUUUGAGACCCAUGUGAUGCCCAUGUUAACAGAGGCCAAUGCCAAUUUCACAUUGCUGGUGACAGAGAGGCCCAACCAGGCACGUGAGGUGGUGCGGGACCAGGAUCUGUCUAAAUGGGAUGUAAUCGUUGCAAUGUCAGGAGAUGGACUGAUGUAUGAGGUGGUUAAUGGGUUAAUGGAACGACAGGAUUGGGCAAAAGCUAUUAAGAAGCCCCUCUCUAUCCUUCCAGGUGGCUCAGGGAAUGCACUAGCUAGCUCCAUCAAUCAUUAUUCUGGCAGACACCAGCAAGUGACGGGUACCAAACUCCUGACCAAUUGUGCUUUUAUAUUGUGUAAGGGUCAGCCUCUUCCGCUGGACAUCAUGUCACUGACCACCUCUUCCCAGCAGAAGAUGUUCUCCUUCCUUAGCCUGGCCUGGGGCUUUAUUUCAGACAUUGAUGUAGAAAGUGAGAAGUAUAGAUUUAUGGGUUACGCACGUUUCACUAUAGGCACUUUUGUUCGGCUCACUGCAUUGCGAACCUACAGCGGGCAACUUUCAUACCUCCAGGCUGGAUCCUCAUCAGAGAUGGAGACUAACGCUAAUGCACCUGCCCCCAGUAACUCUGGACAAAGUCCUUCAACAGACAGUAUGGCAUCCCAGGCUUUGGAAGACUCAUUGCUAGUACCAUUGGAUCAGCCUGUUCCAAGUCACUGGCAAGUAGUUGAAGAUCAGUUUGUCCUCAUCCUUGCACUCUCCCAGUCUCAUCUAGGGGCUGAGCACUUUACAGCUCCUAUGGUGAAAGGUCCAGGAGAAGGUUAUAUUCAACUGUUCUAUGCCACCUCCAGAAUCUCCCGCAAAUCUCUUGUUAAACUAUUUAUGGCAAUGGAGAAAGGAACUCAUCUAGACCAUGAUAUACCACACCUGACCCAUGUUCCUGUAGUGGCAUUCCGGAUAAAACCAGAAGAAAGCACUGGGAUAAUGACUGUGGAUGGUGAGGUCAUCCCAUGCAGUCCAAUUCAAGGGCAAAUUCACAAGGGUUUGGGGCGUGUGAUAUCAAUUGCACAAGAUACAACGCGGCAGUCGUGACAGGAAUGUGGGCAACAGACAAACCUCGAUGGAGAGGUUUCUGUAUAAAGAGGUACAAUGAUGCAACAUAGAUAGUACUGGGUUAGUGUGCUGCCAACACCAUCCGCACAACAGUAUAGUAACACUGACUUCUGGUUCUGUCACACCUAAAAUAGAUGCGUAGGUGUUAGUUUGUGCUAAGAAAAGACAUUGCAAGUAAAUGCCUAAUGUUUGUCAGAACUGCUGCCUAGGAAAGAGGCAUAUUUUACAACACAAUUUUAAAAGUUCAUUAAUAAUAAAAUGUGUGUUUUCUCAUAUAAAAGGUUUUACAAGAGUUUAUAACAAAUUACACUAUUUUGAAAUACAGGAGUGAGUGUGAAGGAUAUUUUCUCCUAACCACAGUAUCCAGAUAAUGGUGUCAGCUUGUUUUCUUCUACCGAAAUCAUUACCUAGCUCUCUAAUGUGUAUAUACAUACAAAGAUAGGCAGUCUGCUAUAAUGCUCUGUGAUAUUAAGAAUAUAUAAUGUGAAUGUUAUGAAUAGGUAAGUACUCAUUAAGAAAAAUCCCCAUAAGACAUCAAAUUAUAGAUUUUUAUUGAAGGGUCACUGGGGAACAAGUUACCAUAAGACUGAGCAGCUGCAGCAACUGUGAUAGUUGUAUAGAUUAUUUUAAACCAAUUUGGCCCCAAUCCUCUGCUUUUAUGGGCCUAUCACAUCCAACCCACAGCACCAGGAUGUAUAAAAUAUCAUCACUGGUGGAAACCGCAGUCAGAUCAUCAUCUGUUACUAUGUGCAGCCACUGACAAAUUACACUGGACAUUCAUUAGGUCAAGUCUCCCUGUGAGGACAGUUUUAUAUUGUUCUUCUGGCAGUAUAGGCACAAUGUACAAGUCCACUGGAGAGAAAAAUAUAUUUUUACAACUAUUUAUUGUUUUUUUACAUUGCUUCUUGCAGAAAUAAAAAAACAUGGGAGAUUGAUAUAAUAUCUUUUGGUAAAAGCAUAUAUAAAACUGAAAAUGCACAGAAAUGAAUGUGUAUUCUUGUUACACACCUUACUGUAUAUUUACACAAAAAAUAAAUUAAAAAGUAACUGUUGUCACCAA